UCUAAGCAAAUAUCUCGAAACAGAAAAGAAAAAUGGAGAACCAAACCUCGGUCAAAUUCAAUCCUUAUAUGGAGCGAAAAGCUUUCGACGAGACCAAAGAAGGUGUAAAAGGGUUGGUCGACGCUAAAAUCACCGAAGUCCCUCGUAUUUUCCAUGUCCCUCAAGAUUCCUUGACCGACAAGAAACCCUUUUUUUCGAACCUAGAGAUCCCUACCAUCGACUUUGCAAGCGUCCACGUCGACCCAGCAUCACGUGAAGCCGUUGUAGAGAAGGUCAAAUACGCGGCUGAGAAGUGGGGAUUCUUCCAGGUGAUCAAUCAUGGUGUUCCUUUGAACGUUCUUGAAGAGAUUCAAGAUGGAGUUCGUAGGUUUCACGAAGAAAAUCCUGAGGUCAAGAAACGAUAUUUCUCGCGUGAUCUCGUCAACAAAAACUUUUUCUACAAUAGUAACUUCGAUCUAUACGGUUCAUCACCAUCUGUUAACUGGAGAGAUACUUUCGCUUGUUACAUAGCUCCAGAUCCUCCAAGUCCUGAGGAACUCCCAUUGACUUGCAGGGAUGUUAUGUUCGAAUACUCAAAACAUGUGAUGAGUUUAGGUGGUUUACUCUUUGAGCUUCUCUCAGAAGCACUAGGUUUGGAACCUGAUAUCCUGAAGAGCAAGGAGUGCUUGAAGAGUUUGCUUAUGAUCUGCCAUUAUUACCCACCUUGUCCACAACCUGACCUAACUUUGGGGACAAGUAAACACUCAGACAACUCCUUCCUCACGGUUCUUCUUCAAGACAACAUCGGUGGGCUACAAAUUCUUCAUCAAGACUCUUGGGUUGAUGUCGCUCCUCUUCCUGGAGCUCUCAUCAUCAACAUUGGAGAUUUCUUGCAGCUGAUAACGAACGAUAAGUUUGUAAGUGUGGAGCAUAGGGUCCUUGCUAAUAGACAAGGUCCAAGGAUAUCAGUUGCAAGCUUUUUUGGCUCAACUAAAAGUGCCAAUUCCACAGUUUAUGGACCAAUGAAAGAGCUCGUAUCUGAAGAAAACCCUCCAAAAUACAGAGACAUAACCAUAAAAGAAUACACAGAUGGAUACAAUGAGAAAGGUCUGGAUGGAACAUCACAUCUCUUGAACUUCAGGAUUUGAAAAAAAACUACAGAAAAAAAAAGAAAAUUGAGGUGUUUCUUAGAACCAAUUACUCUUUUCUUAAAAUCUGGAAUAAUUAAACCAGUGUACCGAAUAGCGUGUGUAUAUGUAUCAGCACUAUAAGUGGAUCUUUCUAUUAAGUCAUAUGUAUCAAAUAUAUGUGGAUCUUUACUUUAGUCAUAUGUACCAACCUCUGUAUGUGGAUCUUUCUAAUUUAGUCAUGUGUAUCAGACUAUACAGAAGUGAAAUGUA